AAAAAAAAAAAAAAAAUCCUUCAGAGACCACUCACUCAUCAUCUUCCUCAACAUAGUCACGUCGAAAAAUUCACUCUGUUUUGUUCAAUUUCGAACAGCUCUUGGUUACUGGAAAAGGUUCGACACACUUCAAAUUGUGUCCGAGCAAGAAAAUCGAGCAUGAACAUUGGACACUAGUAUCUUUUUUUGCUACAUUUUACAAGUCCUCUUAGCUGCCAAAACUCUACACAAAUGGUAAACACUCCAUUCUACAUCACCAUCUCAGUAAUCGCCUUUGUUAUCUCAAAGAUCAUAAUGGCCGUCCUUUGCUACCGCCGAUGGAAAACCAAACAAACAGUCAUUCAAGACACCACCAAAGGGAAACUAGUCAUGUUUGCAUCACCAAGAAUCAAAUCCUUAAACUCGAGCGUGUUCUUGAAGAAGUCUAUGAAGCUGAGCAGUAAGGACAUGAUUGGAUCAGGAGGAUUUGGGACGGUUUACAAGCUUGUGAUCGACGAUCAAAUUUCGUUAGCGGUCAAAAGAGUCAACAGAUUAAGUGCCGAGCAAGACCGUGGGUUUGAAAGAGAGUUAGAGGCAAUGGGAGACAUUAAGCAUCGGAAUAUAGUAACGCUACACGGAUAUUACACGGCUCCACAGUACAAUCUUCUCAUUUACGAACUUAUGCCUAAUGGCAGUUUAGACACACUGCUUCACGGAAAAUGUAUGAACAAGAUGGCUCUUGACUGGGCUACAAGAUACAAAAUAGCAGUUGGAGCUGCACGAGGGAUUGCGUACCUUCAUCAUGACUGCAUUCCUCAUAUAAUACACAGAGAUAUUAAGUCGAGCAAUAUAUUGUUGGAUCAUAACUUGGACGCUCGAGUAUCUGACUUUGGGUUAGCUACUUUGAUGGAACCGGAAAAAACUCACGUGUCGACAUUAGUUGCUGGCACUUUUGGAUAUUUGGCGCCUGAAUAUUUUGAUACUGGAAAAGCUACGGCAAAAGGAGAUGUCUACAGCUUUGGAGUCGUGUUAUUGGAGCUUCUAACGGGUAAAAAGCCGACGGAUGAAGCUUUUGUUGAGGAGGGAACUAAGCUGGUGACUUGGGUGAAGUCAGUUGUCCAAGAAAAGAGAGAAGAGUAUGUGGUGGACUGCAGUUUGAUGGAUUGUCCAGUAGAAGAGGUCAAUCGUGCAUUUAGUAUAGCAAUGAUGUGUCUUGAAUCAGAGCCAUCCACAAGACCUACCAUGGCAGAAGUUCUGAAGAUGCUAGAGCAGAUUAGACCAGAAGAAACUUGAAAUUGUGAAUUGUAUAAAAAAAAUGCAUUUUGAGAACACUGAUUGAAUAUUUGGAACAGAAUUCAUCAGAUAAAAAAAUUUUGCAUGUAGAAGGUCAAUAAAAAUAUUUCUCUGUAGAAAUAACUGACCUGGGAACUUAAAG